UCAUUACUGACUCGUGGUAGUACGUGAUAGAUUCUUUAAACUAAGAAAACGAGGGGAAUAGCGUAUGGGAGGGUUGAGGAGUGGGCUGGUGGGUCCAUACAGUGAUAACUGAUCCCAAGAGACUUUCAAGUUUCGUUACCGUAGCCUACUGCUGAAACAAUCCGUCCUUCUGCUACAAAACUCUCUACCCCUCCUCACCGACGUCACUUGCGCAGCCGUGGCGUCCCUACCAGGCAAACAACAUGGAGUCGUGAAUUUGGCCACUACGAAAGACUUACAGUCAAAACUGCAUACCAAUGUGAUCCCCGACGUGAUCAGGAUUACACGGCGACACACAGAGACGCAUGUGCCAGCCGUAAGAGUACACACCUUCGAUAGAAAUAAAGCAUGAAGACCGCUGGUUAAGGUUACACCAAUCCUAUCAACCAGGCCGAAAACCGGAAGUUGAGGUUCUUGCGGCAGUGGAUACAUUCUGCACAAUGUAAUCAUAGAGGACGGUCUGGUAACAGCGUUCAGUGCACAAGGGGACCAUGGAAUCUGGAGGGGGUGCACACCCCUCUGGUGAUCAGUGCACCUUAGGGACCAAUCAGGGGUCUCUGCCCUCAGUCAGUGCACAGGACUCAACAUCACCCCCACCUCUUAACCGCACCUUACAGGGUUCCAGCUCUUCAGAUGAGAAGGAAGAGUUCCCAUGUGGUGUGCACCUGCUGAACAAGAAUGGAGACAGGGACUUGGAGGGCACACAGGGCACACAGGGCCUGCUGCUCUCUACGGUCGGAUCUGGGAGGAAUGCACAGAGGAGCUCCAAGUCCUCAGCCUUUCCCUCCUCCUUGACCUGGGACUCUGAUUCCGAGAAAGAGACACAAGACGAGGAGGAGCUACAGCACUUUUGUAACCCUUAUGGCCUCGUCGCUCACAGUCCUGGAUCGCCCACCUCUGGAUGUGAGCCAGACAGAAGUGUCCAAGAGGGUUGCCAAACACCAGAGAAACCUAAGCAUGCACUCCCUGAGAAAGACUUACUCAUCCCUCUCCAGGACCAAGCAGUCAACACACAGAAGGAGGGGUCAAUGAGAAUUCUCUCCACAGAACCAAAAUUGUCAGAUGCUGAAGCUGGGAAUGUAUCCAGAGAAAAAGAGACAUUUUUGCCCAAAGCAAAACCAAAGGGGGGAUGCCACAAGGAGGAGGCUAAAGAUGACAAGCAAAAAGCUCGAGACGUGGGUCCAGAGAUGGAUGUGUACAGCUUCCCCGGAGAUUCAGAUCCUGAAAGCCCUCCUCCGGCCCAAUGGGCACACUGCACCUUUGUGGAACGCCGGAGGAAGAAGAGGGCCCUGCUGAGGCCUUUCUCCGGUCUAGGCAGCUGGCAGCGCACAGUGCCAGGGUCUAGCCGGAAAUCAAGGGUCACCACCCUUAGACCAAAGGAGUGUGGGACUGUAGUCUCUAAUAGUGGGGUCUUUGAUUUUAAGGAGGAGCUAGAGGAGGACGAAGAAGAUGAAGGUAACGAAGAGGAGGAUGAGGAAGAGGAGGAUGCGCCGGAUGGGAAAGAAAAGAUGCCAGAAAGUGAGACACCACAGGAGCCAAACCAAGAUAUUUGCCCAGAGAUUUUCACAUGCGUGGAAUGUAGCAUUUACUUCAAGAAGCAGUGCCACCUACGGGACCACAUGCGAGAGCAUAGCCAGAAGGAAGGACGUGGGGGCAAGGGCACUGGUAGCAGGCGAGGCAAGGCCGCUCGCUUUGAGUGCAAGGAAUGUGGACAGGUGUUGGAAGACAGAUUGGCACUCACGAACCACCAGAGACGGCACAGAGAGUCUAGGUGCAAGAUCCUGGAGGAGAUAAGCAAGCUAAAUGAAGGCGGGAAAAAGGCAGGGGAACGAAGCGGACGUGGCAGGGUGACAGAGCCCAAAGGCAAAAAGCCCACUCCCAUCUGCCAUCAGUUUGUUUGUCUUAAGUGCAACUUCAGCACAGAUAUUCCCCAAGAGCUCGCUGACCAUGCCAAGGCACAUGCUCCUAGAAAGAGAGCUGGCAUGCUGCGCUGUUCCCCUCGCCUCCAGCCAAAACUUUCCUCAGCAGAAAAAAUCCAGUCCCCUGGCACCAGGCCCUCAGGCCUUGCCACCGCACUGUCCUGUGAUCAGCACUCCAUGCAGGAAUCUAGCAGUCCUGGGAUAUGUGAGCACCUUUGUCCAGCUCACUCCUCACAGACCAGUACCACAGAGGUGGAGAGACAAAAGGAGCUAGGCCCAUGUGCAGAGUCUGGUGGCCUAGAUCUCGCUGUCACUCCUCAAGUUCUUUCUGACUCUCUGGAGGAGCACACUGUGCCCAGGCAGACUCCUCCGCAAGCAGGACUGAGCCAAGAAGUGGCCAGUGCUCCUGUUGGGAGCGAUGCGGCCGUGGAAGAUUGCUCCCACCAGGUGAAUUCGGUAGAGACACAGCCAGAAAAUCCAAAAGAGCCUGCGCCACCAAAGAGGGAGGUAGCUUUCAAGAGCAUUGGGAAUCGGAGGUCAGCUCGAGAGAGUAAGGGGAGCAGCAGACCAGUACGCUCCUUUGCCAGAGAGGAUAACGCUUCUGAGAAGGGAGAUCAGGAACAGAGCCAGGUGGAAAUAAAAGACCAACCUUUGAAGAAGACUCAAAAUGUUCCAGAGGCAUCAGCUGUAUCCAGCGGGGACAAUAGCAAAGACCCUGCGGAGGUGCCCGCUGCAGCCAAGCAGCUGAAAUGCAGUUUCUCAGCCAGCCUACAGGGGGCGACAGAUGGGCAACAGGCUCAGCUCAGACACAUGGUGCCCCUGGUCCUCAUUGAGUCCCUCUUCCCUGACUCUCAAACUCCCCUCUCGUACCCCGGUUUUGGGGAGCGAAGCAAAACACUGGAUGGCCCAUCAACACAGCAGCACCCUAUUGCCCCCUCAUCCCCCAAACAGAGAACUUUGAAGGAGGAACCAGAUAAGGAAACUACUCACAGCAUGGAGAAGACCACUGGCAUUAAACUAGAGAAUGAGAAAGAGGACGAUGGCAAUGACGCUGAGGAUGAUGAUGAUGUUGAGAGGUUCCUGACUGAGCCCCUGUCAGAUGAUGAUGAAGAUGAAGGGCUGAUGAAAAACGUGGAGAGGAAGUGCCCAUAUUGCCCAGAGUGCUUCCAUAAUGGCAUUGGAUUGGCAAAUCAUGUUAGAGGACACCUCAACAGAGUGGGGGUCAGCUACAAUGUGCGUCAUUUCAUUUCCCCUGAGGAAGUCAAUGCCAUUGAGACAAAGUUUUCCUACCAGAAAAAAAGGAAGAAAGUUGCCAACUUCGACCCAGAUACCUUCAGCGUGAUGCGAUGUGAAUUCUGCAGUGCCGGCUUCGACACCAGAGCUGGCCUGUCCAGCCAUGCGCGUGCCCACCUGCGUGACUUUGGCAUCACCAACUGGGAGGUGACCGUCUCACCCAUCCAUAUCCUCCGGGAGCUCUUCUCAAGCAGGCCAGACCUGGUUUUGCCUACCGCUCCACCACGCACCCCAACAUCUGGGGAGGAGAUGGACCCAGAUCUGGAUUCUGAGGCUGAUCAACCAGGCUCAGCUGGACAUAAGAGGGAAGAGGAUAAUGAUGUGCCAAAACAGUCAUCACCUCUACCUUGGAAGAUACAUAGCGCCUGCGACCGAGAGGGGGAGGAACAGCAGCAACAGAAGGAGGAUGACGAUGAAGAUGAUGAGGAUGAGAUGCCCGUGUUGGAUGGCAUGCCCCCGAGUCCUGCUGAGACGAGGCUCUCGCCCCUGGAGUCAGAGAACCACUCCUCCAGAGAGGACACUGGCAGCAAGGGUGUGCUAAAGUGCAAGGUUUGCGGAGCCCCGUUCGAGACAAGGCGGGGCCUGUCAAGCCACGCACGUUCUCACCUGCGCCAGCUCGGAGUGGGCAUGUCCGAGAGCAGUGGCGCCCCCAUCGACCUCCUCUACCAGAUUGCCAAGGAGCGCUCUCUGCCCCACUCCCCACCCCCCCAGCCCAAGAGGCCCUCUCGAAACGUCUCCUCCCCUAGCCCCCCUCGACAGAGAGAGCAGGAGAGGUGUGAGGAUGAGGAAGACGAAGAGGAGGAGGACCUGGACGUCAAACCCCCUGUCCUGACGUCAGCAGUCCAACCGCCCCCCUCGCCCUCGAUCCCGUCACUGGCCGGCUCCCUGCCCCCUUCCCCGUUCGUCAGGUCACGCUCUCCCUCUCGCUCUCCCUCACCGGUGUUGAGGAAGGCUCCCAUCUCCUCACUGCUGCCUGUGUCCUCCCCGCUGCGCUCCCUGGAUGGCAGGGGUGGCCUGGGCAAGACCAUCUCUGCUCCUCCCCUUCCUCCCUCAAAGCCCUACUGGGCUCCACAGGAGACUGACGCUCCCCUCAAUCUCACCAUGGAGCCCGACCCCAACAAAGACAUAGUGUGUCAGUUAUGCGGCGCGUGGUUUGAGACUCGCAAAGGCCUGUCCAGUCACGCGCGUGCCCACCUGCGCCACUUUGGCGUGGAGUACUCCGAGUCCAAGGGCUCCCCCAUCGACCUGCUCAACCGCCUCAUCCUCACCGACGACUUCAAGCGCCGGGUGGCGGGCCUCUCCCCCUCAGCCGGCAUCGAGGACCUCCGCAGCCUGGUCUCCUUAUCCUCUUCCUCCUCUCCCCCCUCCUCUUCUAAGCGACCUCUUCUGCCCAACUCAUCUGCUUCCCCGCUGCUGUUCAAGGCCAGUGCGGCAGGCUCCAAAACUACCUCCUCCCUGUUUGGGCCGCCCCGCAAAAAGCCUCGAGCUUCCCCACAGCAAGUCUUCCGCCUGAGCGGUGGGCAGUUGACACCCUACUCCCAAGCUGAACCACUGAAAGAUGUAGGUUGUGAGUUCUGCGGCGAGUACUUUGAGAACCGCAAGGGCCUCUCCAGCCAUGCCCGUUCCCACCUGCGGCAGAUGGGCAUCACGGAGUGGUCGGUGAACGGCUCCCCCAUCGACACGCUCCGGGAGAUCAUCACCCGCCGCGGUCUGCCUUGCGCUCUGCCCCCCAGACCCCUAAAGUCCCCCCCCUCCACCCCUGGCCCGGGGCCUCCGCGAGUCGCCCUCUCCUCUCACCCACCCUCCUCUACCUCCUCCGCCUCACCUCCGGGGGCACUCCUUAGGCGUCUCCCAUUCCCCUUCACCCACCCCCCAGGACAGCACCAGCCCACCGCUCGCAGGAUGGAGGUGUCAGCCUCGGCCUCCAGAGCCUCUGCCAGCCCUGCAACCCACAGCUCGGCUGCCCCGCUCAAGCCCAAGCCGGAGCCCAUCCAGCUGGAGGUCACUCUGCCAGGCACCACGGUGGAUGGAGGAGAAGGUGGAGCAGGGGGCUUCACCAUGGAGCUUCUGGGCCCCAGCUGGGCCAGCUCAGACAGCUUGCACCCUAUCAGCAGGGGCCUGACUCAUGACUCCGAGCCCACGCGGGACAUCCGCUGCGAGUUCUGCGGCGAGUACUUUGAGAACCGCAAGGGCCUCUCCAGCCACGCCCGGUCCCACCUGCGGCAGAUGGGCAUCACGGAGUGGUCGGUGAACGGCUCCCCCAUCGACACGCUCCGGGAGAUCAUGCGCAAGCAGCAGGGGGGCUCCUACUCGUCCCUUGCCACGCUCCCAUCCAGCUCCCCCUCCGGCGGAGUCAAGAAGGAGCCCCGCCCUGGCGGAAGCCCCACGUGGGACGGCUUGAGCCAGCAGCCCUCCAAAUUCUCCCGCAAACACCCGCUCAACAUGCUGCACUCAGGGUCCCGGCUGCACAAGCACGGCAUGGGGCUGGCGGGCAUGUCCACCACCCCGCCAGCAGGGAAGUUCUUCACAGUGGUUUCCCCGCAGGGGAAGAGGCCCCCCGGGGAAGAAGGGCGGCCAGCAGAGAGGAUGAGCAACCAGGGGCCCCAGCCGAAAGCCUUCUCACCAGUGCCACAUGACUUCUCCCUCAAGGGGAAGGCAUCACCAGACAAGCAUGGGGUAGGCCACUUGGAUGCCAGCUGCGAACUGUGUGGCUUUUACUUUGAGAACCGCAAGGCUCUAGCCAGUCACGCGCGAGCGCACCUGCGGCAGUUCGGCGUGACAGAGUGGUCAGUGAACGGCUCCCCCAUCGAGACACUUAGUGCCUGGAUGCGCAGUCGGCCACACAAGGUGGCAGAGAUGCAUCGUGGGUACAUGCAGGGCGGACGUUCCGGUACAAAGAAGAGGGGUAGUUCCUCUCUCUCACCUGCGUCAGAUUCGGGCCACACCUCUCCGAUAUCCCAGAAGCCCUCCUCAGCCCUGUGGGCAUCUCUGUCUCAGAGUCGAAAUAGGGCCAAUGAGGUUGCUGGAGGUCAGUGGGGUUCGUCGAGGUCAACUGAGGUCAGAGCAGAGAACCGAUCCUCCCAGCAUGGCCACACCCAUCAGGUCUCCAGCUCCGCUCCACCGCAUGCGCAGGUAGCCCGAAGUGAACUCAACGUCCGUUUGCCACGAGGCUUUGAGCGGCGGCCCCUCAAACACCCGUCCCACCCAGACGCAGGAGAGCGAGAGACCGGCCCUCCCAAACCCCCCCGCACCAGCACUGUUCCUGCUCUGGUGCCCAAGCCCCCAUCAACCCCGCUGGUCAAAGUGGUGGGCAAAAUAUACUCCCUCAAGUGCCGGUUUUGUGAGGUAGAGUUCCAUGGGCCUCUCUCAGUGCAGGAGGACUGGAUCCGGCACCUGCAGCAGCACAUCCUCAACCUCAACUACGCCAAGCCAGCUACCCCCAGCACGACCCCUGACCCUAGCGCCGCCACCAAAUCCACACCCGAGACGCCCACCUCCUCGGCCCCAGUCUCCUUGACUACCUCCGCGCCUGCAUCCAUCGCCACUGCUACCCUAACCCUGACCCCCAACCCCACGCCGACGGCCACUGCUCCUCCAACCCCUGUCCAGACUCCCACAGCAACACCCACCCCAUCCUCCCCAAGGACGCCCACCCCCACAGCGAUGGGAUCCACGCUGACCCCAUGCACAGCGGCCAAGCCUCUUCCCAGUCCCGCCACAUAGACGUUUCCAUUUGCCUCCAUCUUGCCUUCAUGAUUGUGUUCAUGCCAUCCGUCUCCUUACUGUUACCAAGCACUCAUUCUGUCGGAGGAGGAGUGAACUGUCAUGACAUGAGCCCAUACAUGUGGGAAUUUGUGCUGCUUCAACCAUUGAGAAGAGGGAGGCUAAAGCAAACCUAGUGAUGUCCAAGUCGUCCAUAAGCUGCUGGGGUUUCAUGCUACCUCGGCUCUUCAGCAGAGAGGCCUUCCUUCUUUUUUUUAUGUGUGAUGAUCGUGUAUGUACGAGUGCAUGUGGAUUGACAUGCUCAGAUAAGCUCACCCAGUGAUGAAGCCCUCUCUUCCUGUUGCCAUGCCUCUCUCCGGUGCUUUAAAUGGCUACACGAGUAGCGCCACUUAGUGGCAGCUUGUUUAUGAAUCAGAAGAACACAUGAACUCAGUUGCUCUUCAUUCAAGACGAUGGUAAAACACUUGUCAAAGUGCUGUUCCAUUUUCCAUUAUUUAUAUUUUGGCCAGUGUCUUUUUUUUAGCACUUUGUUAACCUUAUCAUUGCAAAGCUUUUGCUCCAGGCCAAAGCCUAAAUGCCUACUCUAAGUGGCAGGGAUAACAAUCCUGUUGAAUUGAAUGUGUCUUAUUUUUAAACGCAAAUACAAAGCCACACCCCUUAAAACUGUGCCACAAUGAACUCACCAUGGCACAGUGCCACCAAAAUUGUUCAUUCAUGCACCUUCUGAACUAAAAUGGCACACAAAAAACAUUGGCACUUUUAAAAAAGCAAGAAUUGUACACUAAAUCAAGGCAGGCCCAGUCCCAUCUGAUAUUGCAUUUUGUGACCGAUUUUUUGGUCAUUUAGUUAGACAAAGUAACUAAGACGAUGUAAGAUGUUGUGUCAACUGUAUUUUAACUCUAAAUAUGUAAGAGGAUUGUCAGUUUUAGGUAGUCACAAGUGAAGGAUCUCUACCGUUCUCAUUUCAGUGCUCAACCACACUUUUGUUGUGGUAGCUAUUCAUGUUACUCCAGUUUUUUUUUCUGUGUCCAGGUUCUCAAAGAAGUUUGGCACCGUCGGUACUGGGACUACAUUGUGGUAGUCAGCCCCUAAAGGGCUUUGCCAUGCCUCCAAUCCCCCUGACCCCAAGCCUUUUAAACCAACUUCUCAAGCUCAUUUGCUGCAUGUGUGAAUGCAGUGUAUCUGAGACUUCCAUGGCAAAAAUGGUCAUAGAUGUAUGAAUGGAGGAAUGCACACGAGUGCAUUGCACAUAUUUUGCAGUUAUUCAUGUUUGUAUUUUAAUUUGCAGUUGUGUGUGUGUGUACGUGUGUGUGUGUGUGUGUGUGUGUGCCUGCGUAUAUGUAUG